AUUUAAAUUAACAGAAAUCACAGACCUGCUUGUUCAUCAGGUUCCAGGCUAUUUGAAUGACAAAACCAUCAUCAGCCUAUAAAGUAUAAAAGCCGGUGGUCAGACAGAUAGUAGCUGGACAGAAUCCCACAGAGACUAACAAACAUGGGCAAGAUCAUCUUCUACGAGGACAGGAACUUUCAGGGUCGCUCCUAUGAGUGCAGCAGCGACUGCUCCGACAUGUCUACCUACCUCAGUCGCUGCAACUCCUGCAGGGUGGAGAGCGGCUGCUUUGUGGUCUAUGACCGUCCCAACUUCAUGGGCAACCAGUUCUUCAUGAGGAGGGGCGAGUAUGCCGAUUACAUGCGAAUGGGAAUGAGCGACGGCAUCAGGUCCUGUCGCAUGGUUCCUCAGUACAGAGGUCCCUACAGAAUGAGGGUCUAUGAGAGGGAGAACUUUGGAGGCCAGAUGUAUGAGCUGACUGAUGACUGCGACUCCUUCGUGGAUCGCUACCGUAUGUCCGACUGCCAGUCCUGUCAUGUGAUGGAGGGUCACUGGCUCAUGUACGAACAGCCUCACUAUAGGGGCAGGAUGAUAUACUUCAGGCCUGGAGAGUACAGGAACUUCAGGGAUUUGGUAUACAGCAACACCAGAUUCAGCUCUGUUAGAAGAAUUAUGGACUUGUGUUAAAGUCACAGUCUGAGAACAUAAUUAAUAAUAAAAUAAAAGCAUGAACAAUAA